CUAACAGGGCGGCCAUCUUGUUUAGCUAGACUAAUUACCACCCCCCUUCCUGCGGUCUGCAAGGUGUCAGGCGGUGGACUGUCAAGGUGGUAGGGUCAUUAUUUCUGGCCCUUUAUUGAAUAUUAUUGUGUAAUCUCUUUUAUUCUAAUGAGUAAAAUGGCGGGUCAAAGCAUUAUGGAUCGUGUGGUUGCUGCUAGGCAUAGCAUUGCUGGUCAGGGUCUGGCUAAAUCUGUUUGCAAAGCAACAACAGAGGAGGUCAUCGGACCGAAGAAAAAGCAUUUAGAUUAUCUUUUGCAGUGCACAAAUGAACCCAAUGUUUCUAUCCCACAAAUGGCAGACCUGCUUAUAGAAAGGACACAGCAUCAGAGUUGGGUGGUGGUGUUCAAGGCUCUCGUAUCUAUACACAAUCUUAUGAAUUAUGGCAAUGAGAGAUUCACUCAGUAUUUAGCAUCUAACAACUGUUCAUUUAAUCUCAGUGGCUUUGUGGACAAAGGAGGAGUUCAAGGUUAUGACAUGUCAACCUACAUUCGACGGUAUGCUAAGUAUCUGAAUGAAAAAGCUAUAUCUUACAGGCUAAUGGCAUUUGAUUUUUGCAAAGUGAAAAGAGGAAAAGACGAUGGCUUGCUUCGAACAAUGAAUACAGAUAAGCUUUUGAAAACACUGCCGAUAUUACAGCAGCAAUUAGAUGCACUGCUGGAGUUUGAUUGUACACCAAAUGAAUUAACUAAUGGUGUUAUAACAGCCUGUUUCAUGCUGCUUUUCAAAGACCUCAUUAGGUUGUUUGCUUGUUACAAUGAUGGUGUCAUCAAUUUGCUAGAGAAAUAUUUUGAUAUGAACAAAAAACAGUGUAAAGAUGCAUUGGACUUGUAUAAAAAGUUUUUGGUUAGAAUGGAUAAAGUCUCAGAGUUUUUGAAAGUUGCAGAGAAUAUGGGUAUAGAUAAAGGUGAUAUUCCAGACUUAGCAAAGGAUGAAGGGAGCACUAUUUCUCCCAUGCUUCAGAAGGCACCAGCUAGUUUAUUAGAUGCAUUAGAACAACAUUUGGCUUCUCUAGAAGGAAAAAAGGGAGUCGCAACCACCCCAACCAGUGCUAGCAAGCCUGUUGGUUUUGCCUCAGCUCUAAACACAAUGACAACAAAUACUUACAGUGUAUCAGAAGCAGAAAGAAAAAGAAUAUUGGAUGAAGAGAAUCAGCAGUUACAAAAACUCAAGGCUACAGAUGAACCUCAACUGAAUGUUGAGGCAGAGGAAGGAGACACUGAAAAUAUCUUUGAACAAAAAUUAAAGGAAGCAUCAUCACCACAACAAAAGGCUGCACCAACUUCUAACAACCCCUUUGCCUCACCUGCAAGUACAUCACAAGCACAAAAUCUAUUUGGCUCCCCAACAGAACCUGUUGCUCCUUCUUCAUCUAGCAGACCAAGUGAUGAUCUCCUUAGUUUAGCUGGAAACCCUUUCAUGGAUAAUGUUCAGAAUGUAAUGGCAUCAGCUUAUCCUGUUCAGAGUAAUAACCCAUUUGGUGCACCAAGUUUCCAGACCAAUGGCUUUGCAAAUUCAUCUGGAAGUAGCAAUGUUUUUACAUCAGAUGCAGAUUUUGCCAAAGCCUUUAGCAAUGGAGGAACAAAUGCACAAGCUGUUUCAGGGUUUGGCCUUGGUCCAUCUGUGACGCCAAUCUCCAAUGCCCCACCAGUAGAUCUGGACUUGGUUACUUCCUUUGACCUAUUAGAAGGGUCAGGGGGAGUUUCAGUAACUCCUAGUCCAGGGUUGUCCUCUGACUUUACUGUGGGAGCUGGUCAGCCUUCUCCUGCCCCAUCAUCACAUUCUUUGGGAGGCCCUUAUUCUGGAUUUGAGAGUGAUAACAUGCAAAUUCCCUCUCCAGUAGCAGGGUAUGGGACAAACACCAUGUCCUUAGAUUCUUCAGGACAUUUUAGCAGCCCAUCUAUGUCAGUUCCAAUGCAUCCAGGUGGUGGGAUGCCUAAUCUGAAUCAAAGCAACUUUUAUGGUCAAGCACCUGUUGGAAUGAUGGUUCAGGGAACACGUCCUGGGCCAGGCCAGAGUUAUUAUCAGACACCAGGCCAGGCUUUACCUGUAGUUAUUCCAGGUACCAUUAGGCAUCCAGUUGGAGUAACAGCUCCCGGGAGUCCUAAUUUGGGUGUUGGAGGCUCUCCAGCUAGAAUAAUGACUAGGGGUGGGAAAUCACCAGCUGCCUCCCUGUCCUCUUCUCCUUCAGGACCAGGUUUAGAAGAUGCUGUUAAAGCUCUUGGUCUAACAAUGUCCCCUUCUAAGGGAGUUGGUAAAAGUAGCACAAAGCCAGAAUCUAGGCCCCUGUCACCAGGCCAACCCACUAAUGCUGGGGUUGGUAAUGCUGGUCUUUUUGGGUAUCCAAUGGGCAACAUUGCCCCUGGAAGCUAUGGUGAGAUGGGUGGGGAAGGUGACCAGCCUGACCCAACACUAAGUCAGGGCACCCAGGAAUAUGAACUCACUCAAUCAGGUCAAGGGUUCGAUGCAUUUGGGGAUGUUCUCCAACCUAUGAACAAAACAUCACCGUCCCAAACACCUCAGCCAUCACUGCAAGCUAAGCCUAUUGGCAAGGACUUAGAUACUUCAUUGGCUUCUAUAGCUUCAAAUCUCAAUGUGCGCGGAGGUGCCACUGCAUCUAAAAAAGAUCAUCAAUGGCAGCCUAAAGGUGAAAGUAAACUAACAGGAGGAAAUGCAUUCCAGCGUCAGCCAGUUGCACCAUCUACCACAACACCAUGGGGAGCUCAGCCGGUCUUCCAACAGCCCAUGAUGGGAGCUCCUGGAGCACCGAUGAUGUACCCUGCACCAAUGGGAGGAGCGCCAAUGGGAGCACCUAUGGGAGCACCGAUGGUUCAACCAAUGAUGAUGGGCCAACCUAUGGGAAUGGGAAUGGCACCACAAAUGGGUAUGCCUAAUCCAAACAUAUAUGGAAUGCAAAGGAUGCCAAUGAUGGGUGGCUUCCAACAACCUCGGCCUCCACAAGCACAAGCAGGGCAAACUGGCAAUGUGAAUGAUCCUUUUGGGGCAUUGUGAGACUGAUGAUGCAGUUUUAUUAUUGAUUCAAAAUAGCAGAGAGUAUGGCAGACCCAGCACACCACUAGUUUAGCGUGUGUUACUGAGUGUUUGUUGUGAACUUGGGUUUUUAAAACAUUACCAUGGACUAUCUUACGGGUAGUGUGCAUUUUUCAUUUGAUUUUGUUUUAGAAGAUGAAAUUUUGACCCAGAAAAUGUAGUUGCAUUAGGUUGUGCUGAACUUUGCCAUGUAACAUACUAGAAGAAAAUACAGUUUAAAGGAUGUAAAACUGAACGUCUCAUGUAACAAGUUAACACCUCAGUGAUGCUGUCUUCAGUUAGGAUUGACAUAAAGAGUGCAAAUUCCAAGAAUAGACAUUUUAAAGACUGUACGAACUAAUUUGUUUGCCUGGAGCAAGCAAUAAAUUAAUAAGAAUUUAUUUGGCUUUGUCUUUGUUUUUGGUUGAAAUUCACAAUUUUUUUCAAUGUUUUUUUUUUAAAUCAGCAUUUAUUUCUGAGGUUUCUUGUACAAAAUUUUAAAGCUCUUGUGUUUCUUUACACAUUAAAAACAUACUAAUCAUUUUUAAUGUUACUAUUGCUGCACCAACCUCUCCCUGCAAUAAUUAAGUUUGAAAUAACAAAUCAUCACCAUGCAUUAGGGCCCAGUUAACUAAUGAUGUGCAAUUAUGUAUUGAAAAAACUUACAUUCACUUACAUCUACUUUAUUUUCCUCAAGGAUUUAAUUCUAGGAAAAAUGAGAGUAGUGGCUAGUUAUGUGAUCUGCCAUUCAUAUAAAUUUUUAUCUGUAAGGUAUAUCUGGCCUGGUAUUCUGUUAUAAUAUUGACUGUGGUGUAAGAGAAAUGCUAGUAUACAGAGCUUGAAAGCUCUAAAGGUCUGCCUUAUUUUCUCCUCAAACAUUUAUUUCUAGAACUCAGUCAUAGAACUGAAAUAGAUUUCCUAAUUAACCUUUGUGAUAUUGUCCCCAAAAUCACUUGAAACUUUUUUAAAACAAAUGUUCACCAACAAAAUAUUUUAAUUUGUACCUGUUUUUGUUUUCAUAUCUGCUAGUCUACGCAUCCUAAAACAAUUUAUUUCUUCAAUUCUUGUUUUAACUUUCACAAAUUGAUGAAAUAAUUAUGUAGAGAUACAUUAUAUCUGAGUUGAUGUGGGAUCAUGAAUUUUUAACAUUUAUGCAAGUGUGAAGUAGAGCAAAAAAUUUAAAUUAAAAUCACUGAAAAUACAUUAUAGGUUAACAAGUAAUACACAUGAUAUGAAGCUGAAUGGCUUCAGGGACUAGCAACAGUUCCUUAUAUAUUUGUGAAAUUUUGUAUAUAUUGCAAGUCAUGUCUUCAUUUCAUUUUUAUAAAUAUUUUUUAAUAUCUACAUGCAAGUAUUAAUUUUUUGGCUCUGUUCUUACUUUGCAUCACCACAUGCAAAUAAAAUGAACAAGCACAUGUAUAACACAAUAUUUUGGUUUUUGGGGCAACAUUAGUAGCAUUUGGUUUAUAAAAUGAUGAUGUAUUAUUUGCAAUUUAUACUAUUCUGUUUCUGAUUUUUCUGACUUAGAUAUUCACUUAAUUAUUCACAUAUUUAUUUACUUCGUUUCAUAAAAAUCAAAAACAGACCAAGUCUAAUGAACUAACAAUGUUUUGUAGAAUAAUUAUCAAUGCAUGAAUUCAACAGUUAUAUACAUUUUAUCUCAUCUACUCAUUGUAUCAUGAAUUUAUCAAAUGUAAUUGUUCCAUAUUUUAAAUGCAAUUUAGUUCAACUGUCUUUAACUCAAUGACUAAAAACAACUAAUUAUGUAUGAGGAAAUUUGUUUAUACGGUUUCUGUGAUAUUCACCAUUUCUUUUCUUUUAUCGUGUAAUGCUUAUUCUCUAUAUUAUAGUUAGUUACUUUUGAUGUUUGAACUAUACAAUUUUUAGUUUCGUAAAAUUCAUAUGACCAAAUAAGUGUUAAUAGCUUUUGAUAUAUUUUAGUAUCAAUCCUAGCUAGAGCAAUAAGUAUGUUAAAUAUAUGAAAUGUUUGAUCAAUGAUGUCAUUUCACUAUGACAAUAAGUGUGAAUAAUUUAGUCAAUCAAGUGGCUUGUAUUUUGUGAUAGUCUGAUUUAGCUGUACUUUUUAUAGUAAAACUUGAGUAGAUAAAGAGCACUCUAAUUUUUCUUUUUAUUGUUGUAUUUAUUAUUGAUCUAGACCACAGGUAUUAAAAAAAGUCACCCCACCAGAUAUUUCAAGUAAAGAUUAUGUAUGUCUAUACAAAUAUUUAAUACUUCACUUUAAAGAAAUAACAUGCCUUUAAAAUUUGUAAAAGAUACAUGUUAUUUCUGAGUUAUUUUCUUUAUAAAUCUUAGCUUACUCUUAGUGUAGUUUUUGUUGAAUGUUUUUGUAGAUUGCCUUGUUACAUAGUACUGUUAUAUCACACUGUCUAGUAUUCAUUGAUGGUUUGACCAGUGGAUUGAAUGAAAGUUCAUUAACAUUUUUAUUAAGAUGUAAAGAAGUAAGCAGUCCAAACUUUCUUUGGACAUGUCCACACAUGCUCAUACUUAUUUAUUGGACUGCAUGUCAAUGUUGAUUCUGCUUUGGGUAAGCAAUGUGUGCAACUUGAACUAAGUCAAGCAGUUAAGUUGAAUGUAUUUUGUGUUGAAAAGUACAUACUGAGGUUACCUACUGCUUUAAGCGCUUAUUCAUAUAGAGCUAUUUAAUGCAUAUCAUCUUAGAAUUGGUUAUCCCCUCAAAAUAUAUACAUUACUUGCCAAAUAUAUAUAUGUAAAUAUAUAUAUAUAUAUUGGGAAGUUAAGAAGGGUAAGGUUCUAAGCGGUAACCAACAUUUACAUUUAUUUUCUCGGUUUUAGAUUGUGGUCACUGUAAUAAUGUAAAAGGAAAGUAUGGUCUAAUUUUGUGAACCUAUUACCUGUGAAAUGUCAUACUACAUCAUCUCAAUGGAGAAAAAGCAUUCUUUUACAAAUUUAGUAUUUGUAUGCACAUUUAUUGAAUAAAUUUUAACCAGUUAUUUAACCAGUUGGAUUAUUCAGAAAAUUGAACUUAAACAAAAAGUGUGGACAAAAAUUUGGAUACAACACAAACUAGUUAAACUAAAGAAAUUUAGUAAUGCAAUGAAUUUACCAUUUACUUCCUAUCUUUUGAAUAUCACUUUUGUCAGUCAGUGCUGUCUGCUGUAAUUGUAAUGAUUGUUUUACCUUGCGAAUGGAUUUAGCCCAUCAUGAAACUCAUGAUGCUAGAUGUAAAUGUUCAGUCAGCAUCAAUGUUGUGCCACGUAUAGCUCAUUUAUUAUAAAAUUAUCAGUCCUUUAUUAAUUGUAUAGAUUUCAAAACUGGAAUAAAGUCAUAAGCAAAGAU